AUGAAGCGUCUCAUACAACUUGUUGCUGUUCUGCUGUUCAGCUAUGUUGCCAACGCACUUCCUUAUGAUGCAGACAACCAUGCCGACAGGCGCGAUCUUGCUACUUCGAGUGACACAGAAGCUGCCAAUGUGAUCGUUUGGGUGGACCAGGAUGGACAUGUUCUUGCCAGCAAUGCUGCGGACAGCAACCAGGGCCCAACUGCAACUGGAAGCAACUCGCCUACGAGUCUUCCACCUUUGUUGCCGAUUCUCGACGACGACGUGCCUUUUCAACUCUCUCCCGCCCUCCCGGUUUCUGAGCCUAGCAACCGCCCGCAAACAGGCAAUGAUCGUCUCUUUGGCAUUUCGUACUCUCCGUACAAUGAUGAUGGCACUUGCAAGACCCAAGACCAAGUCAACAAAGACCUGGAUAGGCUGACACAAUAUGCGUUUGUACGGAUCUACGGCGUAGACUGUGACCAGACAAAAAAGGUAACCACGGCAGCCCGACAACGCAAUUUGAAGGUUUUCGCUGGUGUCUUCAACUUGCAGAACUUCCCCGCCAGUCUUGACUAUAUUACUGGGGCAGCGGCCGGGGACUGGUCUGUCUUUCACACAAUUACCAUUGGCAACGAACUGGUCAACAAGGGUCAGAGUUCGGUUGCCGAUGUUGUCAAUGCAGUGAAUACUGCGCGCAAAAGGCUUCGUGCUGUAGGCUACAGAGGCUCCGUGGUGACUGUUGAUACAUUCUCCGUUAUGCUGCAACAUCCCGAGCUUUGCGUGGUAUCCGAUUACUGCGCUGCUAAUUGCCAUGCUUUCUUUGACGCGAACAACACCCCUGACCAAGCCGGUCAGUAUGUCAAGAACCAAGCCGCACAGAUCUCGAAAGCUGCCCAUAACAAGAAGACGCUCAUUACAGAGUCUGGAUGGCCACAUGCCGGUCAGCCCAAUGGCAAGGCCGUGCCGUCUCCAGAAAACCAGCAAAAGGCCCUGGCCAGUCUGAAACAGGCUUUCACCGACUCGGAUCAACUGGUUCUUUUCACAGCCUUUGACGACCAGUGGAAGCAAGACUCCAGCGGCACCUACGGAGCGGAGAAAUACUGGGGCAUCGAGAAACAUUGA